AUGGCUUCGACGGGCCUUCUCCUCCUGUCGUCCUCGGCAUCAGCACGUCCCCAGAGACGAAAUAGCGACCCGGAAAUCACGCCGCUACCAGUUGGAACCAGCUUCAGAGCGGUCCCGUUGUAUGAAGCCAUCGCAACGACGGCGACAGAAUUCACCUCCUUCGAAGCGGUUGCCUCGACGACAGCUCCGCCCUCUUCAACAAAUGGACCCAAGCACCCACCUAAGAAUCCAUAUGUACCCGUAGUCGCCAACCUCGUCGUGGAACCUGAGAUUGUGGCGACUCCGCCAACGGUUGGGACCAGUUUCAACGCUGUUCCGUUAUUAGAGGCUAUCGCAACGACUGUCACCGAAUACACAUCUUUUGAGGCUGUUGCCACGCCGACUGGUCCGACUGUAACUCCGACCCCUAUGCGCAAACCAACCACCCCGAAGAAACCAGCCCCAAAAGCCGAACCCGCUGCUCCAUGUGACCCAGCGAUCCCCUUCCUCCGCGGCGUCAACCUCGGCGGCUGGCUCAUCCUCGAGAAAUGGAUGAACCCCCUCGUCUUCAACGGCUCCUUCUCCGCCGCCGUUGACCAGUACACAUUUGACUCUCUCCCCUCCUCCUUUCCUGCCCUGCAAGAGCACUGGUCGACCUUCAUCACUGAGACCGACAUUGAAACCCUCGCUGCGACUGGCAUCAACGCCUUGCGCAUCCCUAUCGGAUUCUGGGCAUACGACAGCACCGGCACGCCAUACCACAAGGGCGCUGACGCUUACCUCGACAAGGCAAUUCAGUGGGCAAGGAAGAACGGGAUGUACGUGUGGAUCGAACUGGACGGCUCCCCGGACCCGUACACUCAGGUCCAAAAUUCCGAGCGCCCGCUCUCUGUGCUGAAGACCGUUGCGAAGAAGUACGGCGCGGCCAAGUACAGCGACGUUGUUAUCGGCCUCCAGCUCCGCUACGACCCCUUAUCGGAGGUGGGCGUGCUUCUCAGCGCCAUGGAGCUGUGGGCGGCAGAUGCUUACGCGGUCGUGAAGUCCGAGGCUGAAAAUGAGCAUUUGCUGUUUGUGAUGCAAGAUGCGUCCCUAGGCGCGGAGGCUUGGACGGACCUUGCCCGAUCCCUGAACGGCGGCCCGGCGGAGGUGCCAGGAACUUUUGCCGUCGACACGCAUCUGUACCAGACGUAUACGGAUGCGUACAACGAACUCAACCAAGCCGAGCACAUCACCACUGCCUGUGCAUUGGCCUCUGACCUCGCAGCUGCCGAUGCGGUCAUGCCGACUUUUGUUGGCGAGUGGACUGCCGCAACCAACAUCUGCGUGAACCCCGACGGCAGCACGAUCGCUGGCGCCUCGUGCUCCGUUGCCGGCUGCCAGUGCCAGCAUGAGCCUAUCCGUGAAUGGAACAAGGACAUGGUCGAGGAGGUGCGGAGGUACGUCGAGGCGCAGCUGGAUGUGUUUGAGAGUAGCUCGAGCGGCUACUUCAUGUGGAGCGCGAAGGCGCCUGGUGGGUGGGGGUACUUGAACGGCAUCGGUGUCGGAGCUAUUCCGAACCCCAUCACAGACAGAAAGUACCCAAGACAGUGUGGUUCCCCGGUGAAGAGGACUUGUGAGAGGGGGUCAUAG